CGUCUUGCACAGUGACUAGGAGAGAGACUAGCGCUCCUAGCGCUGAAAGGUUUACCAAUGACAUCAUAUCCCUGAAUUACUGUCCAAUAUGGCGUCCAGUUGGGUAGUGGAAGGGAGAAUACAGGAGGAGCCUAGACUUGCUGCGGCGAAAAACCCCGACUUCUCCGAUCAUACAUACUCCGUCCUCAUCAUCAUCGGACAGAUCAAGCACGCCAACCAGGCGGAACACAUCGCCCAGGAGAUCGAAAGAGGUAUACGUUCAUGGGAUGUGGACCUGACCUCCUGCAACUUGAAUCUGCACCUCAGAGACUUUCUCUCUCACCACACCCAUCAGAUACUCAAGGGUACAGGGCAGAGGUGUCUGCGGUAUAGCUCAGGAGUGUUGGACACUCAGGUGCUGAUUAGCCCAUCCCAAGAGAUCCUCUACUCUGAGGUGUGUGGGCUCCUGGAGAGUCAGUCUGGGCAUAAGCUGCUGGUCCUUGCUGGACAGAGCUGGGAGGAUACUGGAGACUUGCGGAUACACAGCGGACUGUUGUCCCCACACCACCUGACGCACAUUCUCACAGAACAGUUUAUAGAUACGACCAGCUCCACUUUUUCAUCACUCCCCACCUCCGAAGCUGUCCUAACCCUGAGCUGUCCUAACAUUGGCCAGUGGAAAAAAGCCCUCUUGGAGAGCCAACCCUUCCAGGGGCCCAUGUCUCUCCACAUCAACCCUCCAGUAGGGCUUCCCACCAUGGAGGCUCUAGGGGAGUUUACCUCCCUGCUCACCGGUACCCUGUCCCCCCCGUCCCCCUUUGACUGCCUCCAACCCCCCAGUACUGUGGGCUUCCUCAAGCUCUCCCGUCCCUGUUGCUAUGUGUUCCCCGCCGGUCGAGGUGACUGUGCUUUUUUUGCGGUUAACGGAUUCACCAUUCUAGUGGAUGGAGGGUCUGACCCUCAGGCUUGUUUCUGGAAGCUGGUCCGACACUUGGACCGAGUCGAUGCAGUUUUGCUGACUCACAUUGGGACUGAGAACCUCCCAGGGGUCAACGCCCUCCUCGAGAGGAAGCUGGCUGAGUUGGAGAUGGGCUCAGAUGUCAAAGGCGACUUGGCCAAGAGGCUGAUCUCUCCAGAAAUUGGAGUGGUGUUCUUCAACGCCCCCAGUAGCCUUCCGACAGAACUACAGCCAGGUGUAGAUUGUGUUCUGAGUAGCAAAGAACAGGCGGCCCUAACUUUGCAGCUGCUCAAGAAGUUAGACAUCACACCACAGCCUCUGUUCCGUCCACGAGCAGCCUCUAUUGAGCCCCUCACCCUCUUUCAGAAGAUGGGGGUGGGCCGGCUAGAGUUGUACGUCCUCAACCCAGCCAAACAGAGUCAGGAGUAUCAAACACUGCUGCAGAACCGGCCUGACAUGCCCACCUCCACCACAUCCUCCACCACGUCCUUCUCAGCACAGACACCCCCUCUGACCCAUCCCGUCACAACUCUGGCAUCUGUGUGUGCCCUGCUGGUAUGGCACCCAUCCUGCCCCCAGGAGAAGGUUGUCAGAGUGUUGUUCCCUGGAGUCACCCCACAGUCAAAGCUCUUAGAUGGACUGGAGAAGCUGAGGGGCCUGGCCUUCCUCCAGAAACCCACCAUGACCACUGGAGAGGUGGAGGGAUGGGGGGAGAUGGAGACGAGGGAGCCCAGGCAAACAGAGAGCCAGGACAGUGGGAGGUCUGUGGAAAAAGAAGUUCCAGUGAAGCCUGGCAGUGGUACUGGGAAAGACAGGGGAAAUCGAGAGGAAGGCAAGAAGGAUGGGACAAUAAAAGAAAAGAAUAAAGUGACUAAUGGAAAUGGGGGUAAAGAAGAGUUGAAGAAAGAAGUUGAUAAAGUCAGAGGAAGAGAAGGAAGUGUGAAGCAGAAAACAAACCUGUCAGAAAAGCCUGUCAAGAAAGUAGGAGGGAGAGAUGUAAAAAAGGAAGAGAAGGUUGUGAAGAAAGAGGAGAAUGGACCUAAGAGAAAAGAGCUUCUGAAAAAGGAGGCUGUCUUUUCAAAACCAAAGAAUGAUGUUAAGAGCAAAACAAAAAAAGAAAUUAUGAAGAAUGAUCUGAAGACUGGAAAAAUUACAAUUAAACCAUCAAAAGAGAUCAAGACAGAUUUGAAUUUAGACACCAAGAAGACUCAAGGGGGCUCAUUAAAGCAAACUAAAGCAAAUGUGUCGAAUAUCUCUAAGACAGAAAGUACCCAACCAUGGAAGUGCCUGAAGGUCGACCAGAACCCAGAGAUUGAGGGAUAUUCAAUCUCCAAGGCGUCCACUCCUGAAGACAUGACAGCUGAUUUCCUCAGAUUCAGAAAAGAAGCAGAGGAAGAGGUGGAGAAGAAGAAGGGGUUCCAUAAAGGAGAAAAGAAAAGAGGAGAGUUAAGUAAUGAAGAUUUAGGUGAAGAGACAGACAGCAGUGUGACAAAAGAAGAGGUGAGUGCAGUAUGUGGACAGACGAAUGGAGAUCGUCAGAUGGGAGGAGAAGAUGCAGGGGAUCGGGUUGAAAACCGUGAUCAACCAGAGCAGCCUCCAGCCAAAGUUGUGGGGUUUCCAGCUCCUCUGAUGCAACCACCCAAAGGUGACUGCAGCAUCAUCCAGGAUCUGACCCCUACAGAGUACACCCUCCUGGAAGGGGGCCUGCAGGAGAGCCCCCCCCCCCGGCUCACCCCUGAAAACCAAUGCCCACCAGGCCCCUAUCCUGAGGAGGAGACAGUGGAGCUGGCCUCUCCGGAGUCACGACCCAACAGUGCAGGCCAUACGCCUUACUGUCUGUCACCAGAUGACGUGUGGGGCUGUAGGGACAACGGGAGUGGCAGUUUGCUAGCAAAGUCCUCCACCCCAGAGUCCUUCAGGCAGGAUGAGGGGCAGCCCGCAUCUGACUCCAAAACCAUGGUAAACUCCAGAGAGAAACAUCUGAGUUUCCUGUCUCUGGGUUCGCUGAAAGAAGGACUCACUGAUGUCUCUCCCUCUGUCACUGUCACCACCAUCACCAACACCACCACACACUCCUUGCCCGCCGAGGUCAGUUCCCCUCAGUCCACUGAAGUGGAUGAGUCCUUGUCCAUGUCCUUUGAGCAUGGUGCUACCACUGUGAGCCAGGUAGAGGGGGAGGACAGUAACUCACAGACACAAUCUAAUGGCAGCCAUUUUGUAGAGGCAGACUUCAGAGUGGGGAUGUCUCUACCACUGAAGAAGUCUCAUAGACCUCUGGGACCGGGCUCUGAGAUUGGGCGUCCCUCAGGUCCCAACACCCGCCAUUUUGACUCUCCAGCUCAUGACGUGGACUUGUGCCUAGUCUCACCCUGCGAGUUCAAACAUUUCAAACCGCCAGACUCUUCCCAGCAGCCCCAGCCGUCAGAUGCAGGCAAUCGCUCACAGGAAGUAUCUGUGCCUCGUAGCCACAGCAACAACAACAGGGACAAGUCUGCUAGCGAAUCUAAUGCCCCCCUGGGCACCGAGGAUUGUCCCUCUACCACAGCAGAUGGAGUUCUGGAUUCAGAUGAUGAGUCGUGUAGUGAGCCAUCCAACUCUUUCCAUGACCCUCCCACCCAUCACCCUCUCUCUCCAGAUCCUUCCCCUGUGCCCCUUAAAGACAUCCCCCCUUUGCCCCCCCAGCCUGGAUCCUGCAUGCCCGUACCCCUCCCUGACACUGUGGUUCAUGGGAAGGUUGUGAAGAUUGGUGCAAUGCGAGGGAAGAAGCUCUCUAUACUGUCGGAGGCCCCCCAGAAGCCUGGGGUGGGCGGAGGUCUGACGCAGACCGCCAAAACCAGAACUGGAUUCCAAGCGGGAGCCAUUAAGGGUGUCAAGAGUCUCAAGAUGGCGCCUGGCAAACCAGGGUCUAAGGCUGGUUCUGAGGGUGUGGUCAACGUGUAUGUGGACCUUGCUUACCUUCCCUCUGGCACCGCCUCGUCAACUGUUGACGUGGAGUUCUUCAAGCGUGUUCGCUCUUCAUGUUACAUCAUCAGCGGAGACAAUCCAGAGGGGGAGGGGCUUAUAAGGCCUACUCUGGACGCUUUGUUGGAUGCCAAGGCCUCCUGGCCAGACUCUGUAGAGGUCACCUUGAUUCCUACUUUUGAGUCGGGGGCCAUGCAGGAGUGGUACCAGCAGACUCUGCACAGACAGAAGGAGCUUGCUGUUAUUGUGCUGGGCUCCAACAGCACUGUGGCCAUGCAGGAUGAGACCUUUCCUGCCUGCAAGAUUGAGUUUUGAGGGAGAGCUCAAGGUGGUGGGGUGGCAGGGAGUGGGGCAGGUUGGUAGAGACAGGGAGGGAUUGGUACAGAUGCUUCUAGCCAGAUCUUUCACACACAGGGCUGUUAUGUGUGUUCACCUCCAUCUCCUGCUCUCUACAGGGUUUGCGAACAGCCAAUAAGAAUAUGAAGGAG